AUGACACCUCGACAAAUCCUGCCGAGCUCGACCCAACCCACGAACGUUAAUGCGGCACAACAAGUUGAGCCCAAGACAAGGGGAGCUAAUCGGUCUACGAAGGUUGCGGGGAAGCUCAAGGUUCUCCCCGACCAACCCACAACUCCAACCUCGACGCCAACACCAAAGCAGACCAAGGCCGAGCUUGUUGCACCAGAAGCACAAGAAGGUCCAAGUAUAGCAGGAGAUACUGACGAGGCAAAUGACGAAGAGGAGGAGGAAGAGGAAGAGAUUGACGAGGAAGAUGAAGAGGAAUACACUGAAGUACGAUUGAGACAGAUAUCGCAAAUUCCACAGGGAACAGCGCGAAGGGACGCGUUGAGGUUAACGAAGAAGAAGGCAAAGUCUUUACCCAGAGUCACCGCGUAUGCCACGGCCAGUUCGUAUCGGUUGAACGAACUGACCAAGUUCUUCCAGGUUCGACGUCAAGCUUACCACACAGACCCGAAAAUCAUCGACGACGAAGUAGUUUACACUCCUUACGCAUACGAACCUUCCGUUGAGGCGCAUGUAAACACCAGGCGAAAUCCUGUAACUGGGGACUUACUCGGCGUCCCAGAACUCGCAUCGUCCGGAAACGACGAAAAUUGCAACGGAAAAAGGAGGAAGCGGGGCAAGUUCAACACUAUCCCUACUGAGGCGGACGUUUUUGUCUUCAGCUACGGUACUGUGGUCAUAUGGGGUAUGACGGAGACACAAGAGAGGCGAUUUCUGUCAUCAAUUCGACGCUUCGAGGUAGACAGAUUAGCUCCAGAGGAUAUCGAGAUGGAGGAUCUGAAUUACUACUAUGCCAACUAUAGUCGAAUAUAUAACGACGUUAUCACGCUUCGCAAGGGAUCAGGAUACAUGACGAAAUUGUCCCUAUCCCAUGCCCUUUCUCAAUCAGUAAAGAUAUCGCUUUUUGAAGCUCUAAUUUCCUCGAAGAUCGAAGACACGAAAGAUAUCCCUGAAAUCCUCUCUGAGACAGGCAAGAUCGCCAUGCCACAUAAAGAAAUAAUGCGCAAGACUGGAGAAUUGUUCAUCCUCCGGACGAACAUUAACUCAGUCGGGUCUGUCUUGGAUUCCCCGGAGGUAUUUUGGGUACGCUUAUCAUUCGUGUCUGAUUGUAGCUAUCCGGACCUACAACCCCUGUAUGAAGCUGCACGGAGUUAUCUGGAGAUGCCCCAACGCCUGGAGCUUUUGAAUACCCGUUUAGAGGUCCUCCAAGACAUGCUCCAGCUUCUCAAGGAGUCAUCGUCUAGCAGGCACGCAGAACGGCUUGAACAGAUAGUUAUCGCACUUAUUGGUAUUGAAAUUGUUCUCGGCAUUAUCACUAUCCUCGUGGACCUCAUGGCGUGA